AGUGCGUGGGGAGAGCGCUCCGGGGGAAAACCGACUGCGGGCUCAUGGUGUUCGCUGACAAGCGUUUCGCCCGUGCCGACAAGCGGGGCAAGCUGCCGCGCUGGAUCCAGGAGCACCUGCCCGAGUCCCACCUGAACCUGACGGUGGACGAGGCCGUGCAGGCGGCCAAGCGCUUCCUGCGGGAGAUGGCCCAGCCCUUCCGCCAGGAGGACCAGCUGGGGCUGUCGCUGCUGACCUGGGAGCAGCUCCAGGCCGGGGAGGUUCUGCAGCGGAUCCAGGGGAUCUCCCAGCAGGCCUGAGCCCCCAACCCCAGGAUCCACCGCUGGGAUCCACCGCCGGGAUCUGCCCAGGAUCCACUCCAGGGUCUGCCUGGGAUCCACCCAGGACUUGGACCUGAUUCUGCUGGGGAUUGACCCGGGAUUUUGACCAGGAUCCACCCGGGAUCUGUCCCAGGAUCCACCUGGGAUCUGUCCAGGGAUCCACCCGGGACUUUG